AUGGCCUUGGCCCCGCUCCUCCUCGUAUUGCUCAUGUGCUGCUCAGGUUGUCUUGCUCAGACCGCGCCAACUCAGCUGCCUUCGGUGUCCGUCUCUCCCGGACAAACUGCUACGAUCACCUGUACAGGGAGUAGCAUUGGUAGCUACGGAGCAAAUUGGUACCAACAGAAACCUGGGAGUGGCCCCGUCCUCGUUAUGGACUAUGAUAAUGACAGACCCUCCGGUAUCUCGGACCAGUUCUCUGGUUCCAAGUCCGGUAACACGGCCACAUUGACCAUCACUGGAGUCCAAGCCAAGGAUGAGACUGAUUAUUACUGCAGCGCUUAUGAUAGUGGCAGUAGCUCUCCACACAGUGACACAGUGCAAUGGGGAAGUUCCCUGGCCCUGUACGUGAUGACACAGUCACCUGUGGUGUCCAUCUCACCAGGACAAACUGCUGAACUGACCUGCACAGGGAGAAAUGUUGGUACCUACGUGAGUUGGUACCACCAGAAACUUGGCAGUGCCCCUGUGCUGUUUAUAUAUGAGAAUACCAAGCGACCCUCCAGCAUCCCUGACCGAUUCUCUGGUGCCAGAUCUGGGAACACGGCCACGUUGUCCAUCACUGGAGUCCAGGCCCAGGACGAGGCUGAUUAUUACUGUUUUGCUUAUGAUAAAGACAGCAGCACUCCUCACAGUGACACAGAGCAAUGGGGAAGUGAGACACAAACCUGCUGCUAG